AUGGAUAUUGAGAAAUACGAAAAAAAAACUUGGAGUAAAGAAACAACGUAUGCGUUGGGUCUAUUCAAGUAUUUAACAAAAUGUCUUGGUAGUUGGCCACCAGACUGUCAUAAAUUCACUUCACUGUUCAUAUUUUUUACAGUUCUGUUGAUACAAAUUGCUAUGAUGUUUACGCUAGUUAUCGAGGUAUGUUUUGCCUAUGAAGAUAACAAUGACAAAGCUAAUACAAUGUGUUUUAUAACAUCUGCAACAUUAUCAAUAACUAAAAUAUUAUUUAUUCGUUUAAAAAGUAAAAAUAUGUUUAAAAUUGUAAAUAAUGCUGUUGAUGAUUGGCAAUCAGUAACAAAUUAUGAGAACAAAAAAAUAAUGAAGAAAUUUGCUAAAAAAGCAAGAAAAAUUUUGAUUUAUCAAUUGGGAUUUUCUUUUAUAACAAUAAACAUGAUGAUACUUGAUUCACUUCCAGUAUCACAGGAUAAUUCAAAUUUAACAGCUGACUCUCAAUUACUCAAUUCAUUUCCAAUGAAAACAACAUAUUAUUUUGGCUAUAUUGAAUUAUCCUGGUACAAGUAUACUGCACUUUAUUUUCUUCAAAUUAUCCAGCUUAUUUUCUGUGCUAUGGGUAAUGUUGGUAAUGAUUGUUAUUUUUUUGGCAUGGCAAUGCAUCUGUGCAGUCAAUUCGUAAUAUUACGUUUGCAAACUAAAGAUUUUAAAACUGAGAUAAAUAAAAAUAAUAAUUGUACAAAUUAUAUUAAAAAUUUUGUUAAAAAACAUCAACAACUUAUUGAUAUUGCAAAUUGUUUGAAAGAAUCAUUCAAUUUUAUCUUAGUUGUACAACUUGCGAAUAAUGCAUUUGCAAUAUUAUUGAUGGGUAUUCAAAUGCUUUUAAACAUACGAUCAGGUGAUAAUGUCACGACAAUUAAUGCUAUUGUGAUAAUUUUGAUAGUAAGCCUGCAGCUUUUUUUAUACUGUCAUGCUGGUGAGGAACUUAAAUAUCAUAGUGAAAGCUUAAGAACUGCUUUGUUUAAAAGCCCUUGGUAUAAUAUGCCAAAUCAUAAUGUUAAAAACAUUCUAUUUAUUAUGCUGAGAGCAUCUAAAGCAUUUAAUUUAACGGCUGGAAGUGUUUAUAAUAUUGAUAUAGAUACUUUUACAAAAAUUGUUAAAGGAAUGGGUUCUUAUUUUUCAGUUUUACAGGCAUUAUUUAUUGAAUGA